AAGGUCAAGGCCGUAUACAUCAAUAUUCGAAAUAAGUACUUUCGCCAAUUUGAAACAGUUGUAUUAAUAUCAAUAGCACUCGCAACAUGUAGCAACGCCACGCGAGGACGGAGGAAAUUAACCCUCCGCCCACAAUCACAAGUGCACACGCGUAGAGUUUCUCACGGCGAAGCAACUGAAGAAUGACUGAAGGGAGCGUUCAGAUGCGUCUUCACUUGAUGACCAAACGUCACUUCCUACUCGUUCUUCUCACCUUCUUCGGCUCUUUUAUCGCAGUAGUCAUCGUAGGGACAGUAGGACCAACAAUACUAAAAAGUCAAGCUGAUUCUCACCCUUUAGGGGCACACAAUUCCUCUCAGUUGGAUGAACAAUUCUCAGACUUUUAUUCUGUUGGUCCUUUUAUUCUGUACCCGCCUUCGCUGUCAAAAUUUAAUCAGCAGCUGUGGCUGCUCAGUCAGAUUACUAACCAGAAACACGUGCAAGGAAGUAGCAUGAAGAUAACUAUGGAAGUACAAGUGCAGCUGUCUACAGAAAGCUCUGACAAAGCUACCCCAUAUGGGAAGCAAAUCAAUCACAACAGAAUAGUGGAAUGUAAAGAGGUGUGUGACGACCUGGUCAUAAUGCACCUUGGAUUUAUCAGCGAGCAGUCGUACAGAGUGGAGGUCACGUUCGCUCGUCUUGCCAAUCGAGAAUUCUUUGGAAAUGUUACUUUUAAGUGGACAUAUUACAAUGCAGCGUUUACUCAGUUGGAAAUUUGGUUCAGAUUUGGAUUUCUCGUCUUAGCAUUUUUGGCGACUUGCUUGUUUGUAUAUUCACUGAAAAAAUUUACUUUUCGAAAUUGGAGCAUUGAGCAGAAGUGGAUGUCUAUCUUGCUGCUUUUUCUAUGUCUCUAUAACAAUCCUCUUCUGCCAUUAUCGUUCCUGGUGUCUAGCUGGAUACCUGGCAUGUUGGAUGCUUUGUUUCAAGCGACCUUUCUGAGUGGGUUAUUGUUGUUCUGGCUGUGUGCCUAUCAUGGCAUUAGACAGAGUGAAAGAAGGUUUUUCAAAUUCUAUCUUCCUAAGUUGAUGAUUGUGUUCUUGAUUUGGCUGUCAGCUGUCACACUGGCUUCCUGGCAGAAGUACAAUGAAUUGGAAGAUCCUGGAUACAAUGCAGAUCUGGAUACAAAGAAUUUUAUGGGUUUCAAAGUGACAUUCUUUGUUGUGAUCGGCCUAUAUGUUCUGUACCUUUUGUACUUGGUGGUCAGAGCGUUUGUAGAGAUGAUAAAUUCGUCACACUUUGAUAUCCGCUUCAAGUUUCUCAGCGGUCUCAUGUUUACAGUUUUGGCUAUAAGUAUUGCUAUCACCGUGUUGAGAUUCGGGAACUGGUCGCUCCAGCCCACCUUCAUAUCUGGUCUGACGACACAAUACAACAAUUCUGCCGAGUUCCUCGCUUUCUACGGCCUCCUCAACUUCUACAUGCUAACUAUGGCAUUCGUCUACUCUCCAACCAAAUACGCAUUAAUCGACUCACAUUUCCAAGAUGAUCCAAUGACUUCAAUGAUCAGUGGCUCAGAUGACGAAACAUCUCUCAAAGCCUGGCAUGCUGCUAGAGAAUCAGACAGUGAAGGGUAGAUGAAAUUACUGUCAACGGCACUAUUGAACAGUAAGAGUUUAGGGCUAACGGGAUGAUAUUGUACAAAUCACGAAAAGCAUUAGGGGUGUACAUGAACAUA